UCUUUGUAAAGGUUACAAUAUGUUAAUUAUAAUUUUGGUUUGCUAAGUACAAAAAAAAGCCACUAUCAUGCCGGGGACAUUUCGGGCAGAACAUUAUUCAGGUGAAGCAUGAUGAGUUCAUUGCUACUCCCAUUUACCAAGCCUUGUGUACUUCGAGUUGGACCCCAGGGCAUGAGAAUAGCAACUAUGCAAGGGCACUGGAGAAAUUUGACAUCAGGGAUGCUCAGGCAGUUACAUGUGCCCCCACAAGAUGUUACUUCUACAAAAACAAUAAAAGAUGUAAUAGCAGACCUAGCGAACAAGGUUGGAGCAACAAAAAGUUUUAGCCAGGUUGAGGAUCGCAGCUUUCUGUUAGAGCUUCUUCCAGCCUCCCAGGAUGAGCUGCCCUUACGCACUAUGACAGAUAGCUGGGAUAGUGCCCUUAUUCCUUUGGGAUCAAAUGAAAGACUUCGAGAGAAGUAUGUAACCUUCAUGGGAGGAGUGAGAAUUGGACGACUCUUAGAAGACCUUGAUGUUUUUGCAGUGUGGCUCUGCUACAAACACUUAAAGAAUCCUCGUCAGAGAGAGGAUAUGCCUAGUCCUUACAGUAUUGUUACUGCACUUGUAGAUCGAAUAGAUUUUAAUCAAGGGUCAAUUCUGCGACCCGAUAAGGAUAUCAGACUAUCUGGACAUGUUUCAUGGGCUGGUCGGUCAUCCUUGGAAGUCAUCAUCACGGUGGAACAGAAUAUUGAUGGAUUAUGGAACCAGGUUACUCGUGCAGUGUUUGUCAUGGUUGCUCGGGAUCCUCUUAAUCAGGGCUCAGCUUUAGUUAAUAAACUCACAUGUGAAACACCUCAGGAGCAAAAAUUGUAUCAAGCUGGAGAGAUAAACAAGUUCCAUAGAAAACAUAUUCAAGAAGUGAGCCUAUUCAAAGUGCCACCAAAUGAGACAGAGAAAACAUUGGUUCAUGAGCUGUUUAUGUCAAUGGCUAAUUCUAAGGAACUCUCAUUCUCUUCAAAGAAAAAACCUGAAAAUUCUAUUUGGCUUGAAGAAACCAAACUGAAAAACCUAAUCAUAUGCCAUCCUGAGUUUCGCAAUGUCUACAACAAAAUCUUUGGUGGAUACUUGAUGCGGAAGGCAUUUGAGCUUUCAUGGGCCAAUGCAUUUACAUUUAGCAAGCAACGACCAAGAGCAUUGCACGUAGAUGAUAUCAUGUUCCGUCGCCCAGUGGAAAUUGGUUCACUGCUCUAUCUUAACUCACAGGUUGUAUAUACCGAAGGACAUCAUAUUCAGAUCAGUACGAAAGCGAGUGUGAUGGAUCCAACUACAGGAUCUAUUAAUCUCACAAAUAUCUUCCACUUCACUUAUGAAGUUAACCAACCAGUCCCAUUUGUAUUGCCCAAGACAUAUCAUGAAGCCAUGUUAUUCUUGGAUGGUCGACGCCACUACCAGUUGGUGAGAGGACUCCACAAAUUUUAUGGCCAAGCGGACAAGGCCUCAGACACUUUAGUUUAAGAAGGUGCAACUCGGGAUUUUCUGAGACUACACUCUGAUGGGGACAUUGCACCUGUUGACUCUGUUCAGCUAGCACUCAGUAGGUACCUGGGUGCUAGCUAACUGUUGUGGGUCAGAUUCUUGGGAGGAGGUAGGGAGAGUGGUAGUAAACCUAAGAUAGAACUGGGCUUUGAAAUAAGCUAAGGUAGGAUAACAGCUCAUAGCCUGUAAAUUAAAUAUUAAAAAAAAUUAAUAAAAAAAACUAAUGUAUUGUGAUGGUUAGGAAGUGAGCUACAGGCUGAUUGAAGAUAAGUUAUGCUGUAAAAAUAAAAUGUGAAUACACUGUAAUAUAUGCAGUUGGGUAUUUAAAGAAAAAAUAAUUUGUUGUGUAAUGGUGAGUUGGUGUAGGCAUAUGACUCAAGAUACACUUGAAAUAUGGUUAGGUAUCAAAGGAAGAUAAAUUCAAUACAAAAUCUAUGGAGAUUUUACUUUUUUUUUUUUAUCUCACAUUUUAUUAACUGUAAUGAAAACCAGUUUCUAACAGUGAUGCAGCAAUAAAAACUGAGAACAUUAUUAUGGGAAGAUAUUAAAUAUAUUCAUAUUACAAGUAGCUCUGCCAAGGCCAUUUAUGGUAUAAAUUUUUUAUACCCUGUACCAAUAUUCAGUAUGUUAGGAUUAAGUUGUGGGAGAUGAUUAUAAGUAUAAAUAUAUACUAGUUAAUUACAAUAAAAGGUAAUAUUAUUUUAUCUCCAGGUUUUUCAACUUAUUGAUAUAACUUCCUAUUUGCCCAAGGUACAAAUUUCUAUUACACAACCCACUUAAUAUUGGAGAAUGUACAAAAUAUGCCAUCAUUUUUUUAUUAAUGCAUCGGUCGUCUCCCACCUAGGCAGGGUGGCCCAAAAAUGAAAAACUUUCAUCAUCAUUCAGUCCAUCACUGCCUUGCCAGAGGUGUGCUUACACUACAGUUAUAAAACUACAACAUUAAUACCCCUCCUUGAGAGGGAAGUACAGUUUCUGCACUCUGAAGGAGGGGUGUUAAUGCUGCAGUUUUAUAACUGUAGUGUCAGCAUGCCUCUGGCAAGACAGUGAUGGAGUGAAUGAUGAAAGUUUUUCUUUUUUUGGGCCAACCUGCCUUGGUGGGAGACGGCCGAUGUGUUAAUAAAAAAAAAUGAUAGUAUAUUUUGUACAUUUUCCAAUAUUAAGUGGGUUGUGUAAUAGAAACAGUUAUACUUUGGGCAAAUAGGAAGAAAGCUUUCCUUGGUAACCAAACAUAUCCUAGCAUAACACAACCUAACUCAAUGUAACCUAACUUGCAACAUUGUUGGUAGAAUUACAGACAAAUAUGUUAGCUAAAAGGACACAUGCAGAUAAUAUGAUAUUUUCUUGUGGCAGCAUUUCACUCUCCAGGAGCUUUGUCAAGCUGUUACACACAAUAUGAACACAGAAAGUAUAUAUGUAUAGGCAACAGAGUGAGAUGUAAAGUUAUAGCUUACUGCAGUGAUUAUGCUUUUUAAAUAUAAUUCUAAUACCUAUAUAUACCCUCUCGUAUCCCUGUAAUGUUUGUAGUGGCUUGACAAUGCUCCUAGAGAGUGAAACAUUGCCACAGUAAAAUAUUGCAUUAGUUGUACAUGUGUUCUUGCACCUAAUGUAACCUAACUAAACCUAGAUCAAUGCACAAUUCACUGAAUACAUAUUGGGGAAUUUGCAUAAUAUUAUAACGCCAAUAAAAAUUUAUUUUGUAAUUAUAAAAGUAGUUUUUCAAUAAAUUUUUGAAUUAUUUAGUUGUACUUUACAUGUAAAAUUAGUGAAAUAAUAAAUAUGAGCUUAACAUGUGCCUAAUUAGAAAAAUAAUUCAUCAGAUUUGUUCAUAUGAAGUAAAUUAUGCUACAGUAUUUAGAGUUUACUGAAGCUACAGUAGUUGUUUUUAUGUGAUGUUUUAGUACAUUUCUUCUUCUUUCAACAAACUGGCUUAUCCCACCGAGGCAGGGUGACCCCUUGCAACACGCAUGGCUUACUGAGGAAGAAUUCGAAAAUUAUAGUUAACAUAAACAUCAAAAGGCUUCAGUAAGAUUUGCAGGUUAAUAGCCAAGAAAAUUAAAAAAAUUAGCUUCACCUGAAUGCAAUGAAGGAAAUUUUGGUUUCCUGAUUUGAAAAAACUCUGGCAAGCCAUAUUAGUAGAUAAAUACCAUUUUCUCUUUAAUUACUUGGCAAUGAGUGGUAACAGUUGCUUUGACUUUAUAUCUGUGUUUUAUAUUGACAGUUAUUCACUAUACAGUAUUUGAUUGAAUCUGCAAGGAUGGUGGGAUGCCUUUGUGCAAUUAAGAUCUUUUGAUCGAAGAAAUUGGACCCUCCCUCUUCUUUUUUUCUUAGGAUCAGUUUAAAUUUUCCCAUGCACUGCAUGACCCCUAUGGGUUUAGCAGUUUCUCAUGAGUAGCUUUUGUUUUUAACGUGUCAGCCAUUUCCCACCAAGGCAGGGUGACCCAAAAGGAAAGAAAAACCCAAAAAGAAAAAACUUCAUCUUUCAACACUUUAACCUUCAUACGUAAUCACUGUCUUUGCAGAGGCACUCAGAUACAACAGUUCAGAUGUCACUCCAAAUAGCCAAUAUCCCAAACCCUUCCUUUAAAAUGCAAGCAUCGUACUUCCCACCUCCAGGACUCAAGUCUGGCUAACUGGUUUCCCUGAAUCACUUCACAAAAUAUUUCCCUGCUCACACUCCAACAGCUCACCAUGUCCCAAAAACCAUUCAUCUCCAUUCCUUUCUUAACACAUUCAUGCACACUUGCUGGAAGUCCAAGCCCCUCACCCACAAAACCCCUUUUACCCCCUCCAUCCAACCUUUCCUAGGACGCCCUCUACCCUGCCUUCCUUUCCCUACAGAUUUAUACUCUCUCCAAGUCAUUCUACUUUGUUCCAUCCUCUCUAAAUGACCAAACCACCUCAACAACCCCUCUUCAGCCCUCUGAUUAAUACUUUAGUAACUCCACACCUCCUUCUAAUUUCCACUCUAUGAAUUAUCUGCAUAAUAUUUACACCACACACUGUGCUUAGACCCAACGUCUCCACUGCCUCCUCACUGCAUCAUUUACAGGCCAAGCUUCACAACCAUAUAAGUGUUGGUACCACUAUAUGCUCAUACAUUCUCUUCUUUGCUUCCAUGGAUAAAGUUUUUUGUCUCAACAGAUACCUCAAAGUACCACUCGCUUUUUUUCUUCAUCAAUUCUAUGAUUAACAUCAUCCUUCAUAAAUCCAUCUGCUGACAAAUCCACUCCCAAAUAUCUGAACACUUUCACUUCCUCCAUACUCCUUUCCAAUCUGAUAUCCAGUCUUUCAUUAUCUAACUCAUUUGUUACCCUCACCACCUUGCUGUUUCCUAUGUUCACUUUCAACUUUACACACCCCAGAUUCAUCUAUUAACCUUUGCAAGUUCUCUUCAGAAUCUCGUAAAAGUACAGAGUCAUCAGCAAAAAACAUCUGUGACAACUCUCAUUUUGUUUUAGAUUCCACAUAUUUUAAUCGCACACCUCUUCCCAACACCCUAGCAUUCAAUUAUUUUACAACCCUAUCUAUAAAUAUGUUGAACAACCAUGGUGACAUUACACAUUCCUGUGUAAGGCCUAUAUUUACUGGAAAAUAAUCUCCCUCUUUCCUGCAAACCCUAACAUGAGCCUCAUUAUCCUCAUAAAAACUCAGUUAAACAGCAUCAAUAACCAACUACUUACUAUUAUUAUUAUUUUCACAAAAAAUUUGCCAAACCCAGUGCUGCAAGGCUGAGGGGAUGCUAUCAGUAAAGGGAAGCAGUCUGAAGGGUGAGCUCAUGAGGUAACAAGUAAAGUCUGAGUUUGCACAAUAAGUCAGUAUCAGCCAAAAAGUCAUAAACUGUCUACAGGUACAGUACACUGAAGUAGGGCUUUCAAAAUGGGAGUCUAGUUACUGAAGAGACCAGAAAUUGAUUCUACACAUUCUUUAAAUGGUUCAGUCAAUCAAAGGGUAUUUGACCAUGAUCACAGCCUGACAGGUUUCACAGAGGCACUUCAUGUAUAACAGCUUUGUGAUGGUUUUGUAGAUAGUACACAUUAGCACAAGAACCAUUUUUCAAAUGCACCGGUGAUGAAAAAGUUGACCAAAUACUAGACUGUGAUUUGAUCAAUAAGAACAUAAGAAGAUUACUGCAGCAGGUUUACUGGCCUGUGCAAUGAGGGACCUCAAACCAGCCCUUCUCUCUUGUAUAUCUGUCCCACUUAUUUUUAGUUGCUUGAGCUGCUAGCUUUGAUAACUAUUCGGCAACCUAUUACACUAUUAACCCUUGUGGGUUUGGUGCUUAGUUCUGAUUAUAAUAACAAUAAUAAUUAAUGCUAUUAUAUCUAGGCCGACUUGUUAAAAAAAAAAAUAUCUAGGAGGGAAAUGCUGAGCCCAUAGGGAGUCACAGUGCCUGGGGAAUGGAAGACAUUCAGGUUUGAUCCAAGGAAGAGGAGAGUCCCUUAAGGUAAGAUUGUUUUGCUCAUUGACAACAAUACUGCAGAGCCAAUUUUAUUUCGUGCCCUUUCCAAAUCUAAAAUUAUCCAUGAAUUCAUUUUUUUUUUAUUCUUUGUUAGAUAUCCUCAGUACCUCAUAUAUAUCCUCAUUAUUUAUUCCUGUCUUUCACUUGUAUACUUCAAUUAUAUCUUCUCUCAUUCCAUAUCUUUCAAGCGAGUGUGAGUUCAGGACUAAAAAACCCCUCUGUUUGAAAGCUUCCUUGUGCAGUGGAUUAAUUUUGUCGUUCUUUAUAUGUUCUUGAUGCAUUAAUAUCCAUUCUGUAGAAUGGAAACCAGAUUAUUCAUUAUUAUAAUAAAAAAGAAGCACUAAACCCACUAGUAUCAUACAGUACUGACUGCAGAGCAGGGAGUGAUCCAGGAUCAAAGGAUGAGCAAGGGUGGAGAGGACAACAAAGGUAGAGUUAGGAAGGGCUAUGAGGAGUGCUAAAGGAAGUAUUAUCAAAGUUUGUGCAAUAAAUUGGUUGCUGUCAAAGAGGGAGUCUGUGUUAAAGGUGGGUCCAUCAGCAAGGAGGGAAGAUAAAGUAUGGGCAUAAGAGUAGUGACGAAGUCAGAGAAAAUUCCGUGUGCUCGUUGACAGGACAGUCCAAUAGAAUAUGGGAAAUUGAAAUUAGAACCAGACAAUUCUCACAAAGUGCAACAGUGCCGCUCCAUGAGAUACCCAUGAGUGAGAUGGGUGUGCGAAGACAGGAGAGUGUUGUCUCUCAACCUCGGCAUCGCUGUAUGACCCUUGUAGGUUUAGCGCUUCUUUCUGAUUAUAAUAAUAAACCUCAGCAUUGAUGACUAGAAGGCCAGAAACCUAAACUUGGUUUGAUAGAAUGUAAUUUGUUAUGAAGCAUGUCAGACCAACAUCGUUGCCAGUGGUUGGGAAGGUGGUUAGAGAUUACCUCUAUAUGAAACUGGGAGGUCAUUUACUGCAGACUGCUCAUUGCCCUGAACAUCAAUAUGACCAGGGACCCAACAGAAAAUGAUUUCUUUAUUUUUGCUAGUAAUGCGGUGUAACCAAAGUUGUAUACGAAGAACUAGGGGAUGAGGUGAAUCAAAUAUUUUAAUAGCUUGCAAAGCACUAAAGGAGUCCGAGACAAUUCUAAACUUUGAAGUAGGCAUGGAUGCAAUACGGAUAAUUACAAUGAGAAUGGCAUACAAUUCAGCUGUAAAAAUGCUAGCCAAGUCU